AUGGCUGAUGGAUGGACUGAUCGUUGUAGGCGCACUUUAAUUAACUUCUUGGUUUAUUGUCCUAAAGGAACUAUCUUCCUAAAGUCUGUUGAUGCUUCUCAUGCCUCCAAGACUGCUGAAUUAUUGUUUAAACUUUUUAAGGAUGUUGUCAACUUUGUCAAUCCUGAAAAUGUUGUUCAUAUAGUGACGGACAAUGCUGCAAAUUAUGUUGCUGUUGGAAGGUUGUUGGAAGCUGAAUUCCCUAAGUUGUAUUGGUCUCCUUGUGUUGUGCAUUGUAUUAAUUUGAUGUUGCAAGAUAUUGGAAAGUUGAAUGAAGUCAGUGAGACAGUUUCACAUGCUCCAAAGAUUACUAAAUACAUAUAUAAUCAUUGUCAUACACUGUAUCUUAUGAGGAAGUUUACCGGUGGACGAGAAAUACUUCGUCCAGCUCCAACUCGCUUUGCUACCAAUUUCAUAGCUUUGCAUAGUAUUCUAGCUCAAAAAGAUGCAUUAAGAGCUAUGGUAACUUCUAAAGAAUGGACAAUCUCAGCCUACUCCAAAGAAGCUAAAGUUAAAACAUUUGUCGAUCGAGUUUUAGACUCUAAGUUUUGGAAUCAAUGUACAGAUAUUGUUAAGCUUACUGAGCCACUUGUUCGUGUGCUUCGUAUUGUGGAUAGUGAAGAUAAAGCUGCAAUAGAUUUUCUUUAUCAAGCUUUUAAUAUGGCUAGAGAAGAGAUGGUGAAGAGGUUUCAACGAAGAAAGAAGAUUAUGGAGCCUUACUUGAAGAUUUUGGAUACUCGUUGGGAUUCACAACUUAAAAAAAAUCUUCAUGCUGCUGGAUAUUGGUUAAACCCUGCUUUUCGAUUCAAUGCUGCUGAAUUUGAAAAACAUAAGCAAAUCACUUCUGGCCUACUAGAUGUAAUUGAGAAAUAUUCAUAUGAUGAUCUAGAAUUGAAUACUAAGUUGACAAGUGAGACUAGAAUAUAUGCAAACGCUGAAGAUGAUUUUGGAAGACAAUCUGUAAUGCGUAAACAAAGCACAGUGAUGCCAGAUAAAUAUUUUAUUUAG